CGGCGGGGCCCGGUGCAGUGCGCGUGCAGGUGGCGGGGGCGGCGCGCACGGGGCCGCGGCCGCUCCCUCGGCCCCGCUCGGCCCCGCUCGGCCCCGCCGCCCGCCGCCGCCGCCCAUGCCCGGCCCGGGCGGAGGAGGGGCCGGAGGGAGCCCGGUGCCGCGGGGCCGCCCGGCGCGGCAGAGCCCGGAGCGCCGCGGGCGGAUUAUGAGGGAGCCAUGAGCCCGCUGCGGAGCUGGCUGCUGGCCGCGCUCCUCUCGCUCACGCCGCGGGCAGGUCCCGCCGUGCACGCCGGCGCUCCGCAGCGGAGGCUCCCGCGGGCCGGAUGGCAGGACGGGCCGGUUGUUUCCGAAAUCACCCACCCCAGCAGGUUAGUGGGGCAGAGCUCUGGAGGAGAAGUCCAGAAGCAUCAGCUGGACACCAGGGUCAGGAAUGAGCCUAGAGGAGGAGGAGGAGGCCCUGGGGUGCACCUGGCACAGGUGAGCUUCGUGGUGCGUGCCUUCGGCUCAGCCUUCACCCUCGACCUCGAGCUCAACCACCACCUCCUCGCCUCACACUACGUGGAGCGGCACGUCGGCACGGGCAAGAACAGCAGCCACAGCACAGGUGCUGGGGAGCACUGCUACUACCAGGGCCGGGUCCGCGGCCGGCCCCGUUCCUUCGCCGCGCUCUCCAGCUGCCAGGGCCUGCACGGUGUCUUCUCGGAUGGCAGGGACACGUACCUGAUUGAACCCCAGGCGGGUGCUGAGCACGAGCAGGACCUUCGGCCACACGUCAUCCAGCGCACUCCGAGCUGCGCCCAGCCAGGCUGCCUCUUUGCUGCACUGGACCACUACGUCUCGGGCAGUUUGCCCAAGCUGCGGCGGCGGCGGCAGGUGCGACGAGCCCAGCACACGGUUCACAGCGAGACCAAGUACAUCGAGCUGGCGGUGGUGAACGACCAUCAGCUGUUCCUGCAGCUCCGCAAGUCUGUGGUCCUCACCAGCAACUUCGCCAAGUCCGUGGUCAACCUGGCCGACAUGAUCUACAAGGAGCAGCUCAACACCCGCAUCGUGCUGGUGGCCAUGGAGACCUGGGCCUCCGAGGACCGGAUCCGCAUGGAGGAGGACUCGCUGGAGACGCUGAACGAGUUCAUGAAGUACCGGCGCGAGGCGAUGCCGGAGCAGAGCGACACCGUCCACCUCUUCUCGGGACGGACGUUUCAGAGCAGCCGCAGCGGCACCGCCUUCGUGGGGGGCAUCUGCUCGCCCGGCCGCGGCGGGGGGGUCAACGAGUACGGCAACGUGGCAGCCAUGGCCGUGACGCUGGCACAGACGCUGGGGCAGAACGUGGGCAUGAUGUGGAACAAGCACCGCACCUCGGCAGGGGACUGCCGGUGUCCCGACGCGUGGCUGGGCUGCAUCAUGGAGGACACGGGGUACUACCUCCCACGGAAGUUUUCCCGCUGCAGCAUCGACGAGUACAACCAGUUCCUGCAGGAUGGCGGUGGCAGCUGCCUCUUCAACAAGCCCCUGAAGCUCCUGGACCCUCCGGAGUGCGGCAACGGCUUCGUGGAGGCGGGCGAGGAGUGCGACUGCGGCUCGCUGGCGGAAUGCGCCAAGAGCGGAGGCAACUGCUGCAAGAAGUGCACGCUGACCCACGACGCCAUGUGCAGCGACGGGCUGUGCUGCAAGGGCUGCAAGUACGAGCCGCGUGGCGUGUCCUGCCGGGAGGCUGUGAACGAGUGUGAUAUCCCCGAGACCUGCACUGGGGACUCGAGCCAGUGUCCCCCCAACCUCCACAAGCUGGAUGGCUACUUCUGCGAAAACGAGCAGGGCCGAUGCUAUGGUGGGCGCUGCAAAACCCGAGACCGGCAGUGCAACGCGCUGUGGGGCCGCAGCUCAGCAGAGCGUUUCUGCUAUGAGAAGCUCAACGUGGAGGGCACCGAGAGGGGCAACUGUGGGCGCGAGGGCUCGGGCUGGAUGCAGUGCAACAAGCAGGACGUGCUCUGCGGCUUCCUCCUCUGCGCCAACAUCUCGGGCGCGCCCCGGCUGGGCGAGCUCAGCGGCGAGAUUGCCACUAUGACCUUCUUCCAUCAAAACCGCUAUGUGGACUGCAGGGGCGGCCACGUGCAGCUGGUGGACGGCUCGGACCUGAGCUACGUGGAGGACGGGACGCCCUGCGGGCCCAGCAUGCUGUGUCUUGACCAUAAAUGCCUUCCAGUGACAGCCUUUAACUUCAGCUCCUGUCCCGGCAGCUGGGAUGGGAAGAUCUGUUUUGACCAUGGGGUCUGCAGCAAUGAGGGCAAGUGCAUCUGCCAGCCCGAGUGGACGGGGAAGGACUGCAGUGUCUACGACCCCAUCCCCGAGCCAAAGCCCACAGGCGAGACGGAGCGAUACAAGGGUCCCAGUGGCACCAAUAUCAUUAUUGGCUCCAUCGCUGGGGCCGUGCUGGUGGCUGCCAUUGUCCUAGGAGGGACUGGCUGGGGAUUUAAGAACAUCCGCCGAGGAAGGUCUGGGGGGACCUGAGCGGAGCCUCCCUGCCUCGUGCCCCCCCCCCUCCAGCGCCUAAUUAACAGCAAUUAAACGGGGCGCAGCUGCCAGGAGUCCGCCUGAGGAGGGAGGAGAGCACGGGGGGGGCCUGGUUGCAGGACCCCCCCCCCCCCUCGACCCCUGCCGCACCACCACGAAUGUCCAGGCCCCCCGGGGCUGGAGUCACUCAUGGCACCAUGAUGAAUGUACCUGGGGGGGCCGUGCCAGGAGCCCCCAAACCCGCAUGGCUCUGGGGGGGGGGGGGGGGGCUGGGACUCUUUCCCCCCCCCCCCCCCCAAACCCACAUCAGAAUCUUCCAGCUUUGGGGGCAGAAUCCCCCAGUUCCAGGCCAGUAUCUCCCACUACCAGGCCAGUUUGUUUUUCCACCCCUUCCCCGCCCCAGAGCAGGGCCUGUCCCCCACCACCCCAGGGGCUGGAUCUGCACCCCCAGCUGUGGAGACCAAAAAGCAGCCCCUGGAUGUGCAGUAGGUGUACAACCCCCUUCUCUGCCCCCUGCCCCCCCCAGUUUCUCCCCCCUUUUUACUCCAUCUCAUGGCUGCACUCUUCCGCCUCCUGUCCAUGGGGUCCAGCACCCAUGGGUGCCAGGCUCUCCCUGUGUCAUGUGUCCUCCCCCCACCUCCCCAGCCCUGACAGGUGAACCCUAAAAUGGUGGCGCUGGGGAGGGCAAGGGGCCAACUCAGGUGCUGAGGUACAGGGUGAGCCCAGGGCCGUGUCACCCUACCCCUGUCAGCGGUCCCCAUGGCAGGCACAGCUCGUGCCACAUGUCACCCUCAUGGCUGUUGGGGGGUGUAUGUGUCACCCACCCCCUGUCCCUGUGGUGCCCUGCAUGAGGUGUCCCCCCCCCCCCAAACCACACACCCACAGAGCACUCAGGGCCUCCACAGGCCCCUCGGAGCAUCACUGAGACUCGGUACUAGGGGGAGGUCCCCGCUGUCAUCCCCUGGAGCCAACAUGGAGGCAGGGGAGGGUGGGUGCCUGGGGGGGUGACCUAGGGCUGGAGUCCCUAAGCCCAGACAUGUCCCCUGGUGUGCUGUGAGAGCCCACAGCACCCAAGGGUGCCUCAGCUGUGCUGGCUCAAGCAUCACUGGCUGUGGACCCCCACCCAGGGCCAGCACCGUGCCUGCUGUCCCUAUGUCCCCAGCCCUAUGGGGUGGGCUGGUGUGGGGGUGCAGCAGGACGUGAGGGGGUGGCCAGGACAUCCCCAGGCUCAGCUGCAGGUGGUGGUGGCCCCUCAUGUGCCUCAGCCACCGGGUGUGAAUGCAGGUGGGUGCCCUGGGGCUGGGGCUGAGGGCCAUGGGGGUGGAGGGCGGGGGUAUUUGUAUUGGGACCCCUCCCUCUCCCCUCCGUCCUCUGUCACCACACUGUCCCCAAAGCUGUCACGGCUGCAGUGGCGGGAUGAUCCCCGCUGCGAGGGGACAUCCCCUCCCCAGGCCCUGUGUGGAGGGGGGGCCCUGUGUCCUUCCUCUGCUGCCACUUUCACAGCAAGAAGCCACAUUCGUCACUGGUUUGGGGGACAUUAAUAUAUAAAUAUAUAUAAAUAUUUUUUUUCUCAAUGAUUUUAAUGCCGUACAGUCAAGCAGUGCCGCUCAUGUGCUGGGGAGGGCCAGACUGGGGGAGAAAAAGGGGGGGGGGGCACCCAGUGCUUCCCGAGCCCCCCCCUCAGCCUCCACCAGGCCCAGUCGAACAGCCCCGGCCCAGCUGAUGCCAGGAGAAGCCCCGGGGCUGGCAGCAAGCCCCCGGCCCGCUGCUGCCCGCCAGCUGCCCUGCACCGCCCUACUCGCUCGCGCUACCCGGCCCUCCCUGCGCUCGGCCUGGCCCUCCCCUGUCCCCCCCCCCACCGGCCGCACCUCGCCUCGUGCCCGCGCUCCCGCUUCGCACGCGCCAGGGAGCUGGUGGGACCUGCUGGGUGCGCGUCGCCCGGCCCCCGGGACGCCUCCUGCAAUGUCGCAGACUUUAUUUACAAUAAAGACUUGGAAAACUCA